UUUUAUGAAAACUGAGGCUGCCACAGGUUUUUUUUCAUGUUUGUAAGGGGGCGGUACACACUGUACCUUUAACAAUGAAGAAAAAUAUGAAAACUCUCUGAAUAAAAGUCUGUCACUGAUGCAGCUUAACAUUUCUUAUCAAUGACACAUUCACAUGAAAACAGCUCUUAACAUUUAUAGAAGAGUCAAGCACAUGUUGAUGUAGCAGCUCCGCUUCUCCAGCAGGAGGCAGUGACGUGUCCCAGCUGCACACUGAGCAUGCGUAGGGACAUGAACCCGGAAGUGUGAGACGUAAACAUGUCGAAGAUCCAGAUGUUGCAGCUGCUCAUCACGCAGCGACUCAGCGCGGCCGCGGAGGAAAUCUUCGGUGUGUUUGGGAGAACCAUCGCCGAGUACGAGGAGGAGAUCUCCCGCUCCAAGCUGGAGAUCGACCGUCAGAGGAGGCUGCUGGAUCUCAGCAGGAAGCCGCGGGUGUCGGUGCAGCUCAGCGGCGGAGCUCUUUGUGAGCAGCAGGACUGGAGCUUCAGUGUCGACCUGAACGAGAUGAAGUCUCCUCAAAUCAAAGAGGAGGACGAGGAGUCGUGGUCGACUCAACAGGAGGAGACGCAGCAGACGAUGGAGCAGAAUGACGCGAAGUUGUUCCAGAGCGACGGAACCGAGGAGGAGGUCAGCAGCCGCACGACUCCGUCAAUGGUCGGGAGACUGGAGGAGGAGGACCCUCGGCCGGGGACGUCAGUCGAGGACGAAGAUCUGAGCUCGGUUCAGCCGGACCUGGACGCUCCGCUGUCCGAGGUCGUGGACUCGUACAUCUGCACCAUUUGUGGCCGUGCGUUCGCUCAGCGCGGUCACUGGGCUAAACACGUGCAGGUGCACCGCAAAGUGCAGAGCAAAGUGGACAAGUCGUACACGUGUGACAUUUGCGGGAAGAGGCUCACGCGGUUCGACGGUUACCAGAAGCACCUGAGGAUCCACACGGGCGAGAAGCCGUACUGCUGCGACGAGUGUGGCCGCAGGUUCAGCGACAACUCCAACUACAAACGACACAUCCGCACACACGCGGGAGCGAAGACUCAGCAGAGCUGAGGCUUCGACCGUGACAAACUUUUUCAUCACGUGACAUGAGAAGUUCCAGAAAAUGUCUCCUCCGACUUUUGAGUUUCACUCAGGAUCUGUUAGUGGUUAGAAAAUAUAUCGUGACUAUUAUGUCAUUUCAGACGACCACAGUGAUCCGAUGACUCAUAUAUUUAUUAAACAUCAGUACACUGUAAAAACAUUUUUUACAGUGUACUGUGUUAUAUCCUGCUUUUCAAAAUAAAAGCCU